AAACAACGAGUGGUCUGGUGGUCUCCGAUCUUUGGACGCUGCGGCUGCCCAUCCAUCCAAGCUACUUUCUUCUUGUUAGUAUAAAUCGCCGUCUUCCCCAACCCCUGCACGCCGAUCGGUCGGUGAACUAAUCAGCCGCCACCGUACCAUCGCCAUGGCGCAGGAGAGCAGCGACGUCAAGUGCACCACCACCAAUUCCAAGAAGGGGACCAACAAUACUAAUUCCGAGGAAGCAGACGGCGGCGACAGACCAGUACUGGCUGCAGUGUCGUCGUCAGCACCGGCGACGCCGUUCAAGUUCAACGUGCACGCGCCCGAGUUCGUGCCCAUGUCGCCCAACGCCGCCAGCCCCAUGGCGAGCCCCAUGUCGGCGCCGGCGGGAGGCUACUACUCGCCCUUCAUGCAGAUGCAGGCCGACUGGAGCUUCUUCCACGAUCACGAGCCCGUCUUCUUCAUGCCGGACCACUUCGCGCACGCCAAGUUCGCCGCCGCCGCCGCCGCUGCCGCCGGGAGCAACAGCGGCGCGCAGGCCAAGGGGACCGGCGCCACCGCCGACGUGACGCACAAGAUUGUCAAGCAGGUCGAGUACCAGUUCAGCGACAUCAAUCUGGUGGCCAACGAGUUCUUGCUCAAGAUCAUGAACAAAGACACAGAAGGCUACGUUCCCUUGUCGGUGAUCGCGUCCUGGAAGAAGAUCAAGUCCCUCGGGGCAACCAACCAGAUGCUGGUGAAGGCUCUUCGCACCUCCACAAAGCUUAUUGUCAGCGAUGACGGCAAGAAAGUCCGGCGCAGGCAGCCAUUCACUGAGAAGCACAAGGAAGAGCUUCAGUCUCGCAUGAUCAUAGCAGAAAAUCUGCCGGACGACUCCUCAAGAAACAGCCUCGAGAAGAUCUUUGGUGUCGUCGGAAGCGUGAAGAACAUCAAGAUCUGCCAUCCGCAGGAGCCUAGCACGGCGAGGGCUGCUUCCAAGUCGGACACACACACACUAGUGAGCAAUAAGAUGCACGCACUGGUGGAGUACGAGACCUCACAGCAAGCUGAGAAAGCGGUGGAGAAGCUCAACGAUGAACGCAACUGGAGGAAAGGCCUCCGUGUCCGCACAGUGCUCAGGCGCUCGCCCAAGUCCGUGAUGAGGCUGAAGCGCCCGGAUUUCGACCACUUUGUGGGCUCCGACGACGACUCGCCGCACUCCCAGAUGUCGUCCUCCGACUCCCCGACGGCGGAUAAUAACUCACCACCUACUGAGCCUCAUCAUCAGCAGCAGGAUGAUCACCAGAUCAUCAAUGGGGGGAGCAAGCAGCAGAAAGCAGCAGCAGGGUGGGCGAGAGGACGAGGGAAGCUUCACGUGACGGCGCCGCACAGCCCGCAGUCCGCUCCGGCCGGCAUGGUCGGCCAUUUCGACCCAUCCAGCCCGAGGCAGCAGCACAAGCAGUGCCCGUCCAGCCCCAGCAGCAGGCAGCAGCAGCAGGCCAAGUGCCCCUUCAGCCCCAGGCAGCCUCCUCCCCAGGGCCCCAGGAUGCCUGACGGCACGCGCGGCUUCACCAUGGGCCGGGGCAAGCCACCGGCAACGUCGUCGUCGUCGUCUCCGGCGCCCCGGCCGGUGGCGGCGGCGCCCACGACUCCGCCUGCUCCAGUCCUUGUUUAGUUUCGUACGUCCUUCACUUAUUAUUCUAUACAUAUUGCUCUCGCCUCGCCUCGCCUCCAAGUUCAAUCCUACUCCUACCUAUCCUAUCUAUCCUAUAUAUAGUGGUGCCUGUUUCAUUCACGAACUCUGUAUCUCUGCGGAUACAAGCAGUUGAGUUGAGCUCUCUUCUCUUUCUUUUCUUUCUCUCUCUUUUUUAAUUUUUAUUAAGGUGACCUUUUAUUUAUUUAAUAAAUAAAGUUGGCUGGCUGCUGGCAUAUAUAUAUUGAUGGUGUUAAUUCUUCGACCA